AUGAUCAGAGAAUCGAAGCGUCCAGUUGUGGCUGCCAAGCUGGGAUUCGACAAUCAGAUAUCUGAAGAACCGGUGGACAACAAAAUCUGGGUUCUGGCUAAGGGGAACAUUCAAAUCCAAAUAAUCCGGGCAGCUAGGCAAUACAUUAUUCUCAGGGUAUCUGAGGAAAGUCUCACUCACCCUCUAUUCAUUUUGGCUGUGUAUGCUAGUUGCUUCAAAGAUCUUCGAAUGGCUUUGUGGGAUGAGCUAAGAAACACUUCAUGCUCCAUGGUGGGCCCAUGGGUAGUCUGUGGACACUUCAACACCACUACCAGCCCUGACGAGAGGCUAGGCGGCCCGCUGCAGAUGACAACAGUUAUGACAGGCUUUCAUGAGGCUAUCAGUGAUUCAGGGCUGCUGGACGCGGGAUUCUUAAGAACUCCCUACACGUGGUGUAACAAUAGAGUAGGGAGAAGUAGGAGAUGGGUGAGACUUGACAGGAUUCUGAUCAAUCCUGAAUGGAUGCGAAAUUUUUCGAGCUGUAAAGUCGAUCAACUAACAAGAGCAUACUCUAAGCACUCCCCAAUCCUUCUCACCUUUCAAGUUCAACCAACACCAUUUCCCCGCCCAUUCAGAUUUCAGCGUAUAUGGACAACUCAUGACAAUUUCUUCUCAACAAUUAAGGCUUCUUGGAAUGAUGAAAUCACCACAACUCAUAUGCUCAAGUUCGUUCUCAAGAUGAAAAAGCUGAAGACUGUGCUGAAAUCUUGGAACAAAGAGGUCUUCAGAGAUGUCAAUAAAAAUGUCCAAGACGCCGAGAAAGAAGUUCUCAAGGCUGAAUUUACCCUGCUCAACUCGCAAACAGAAGAGGAUACCCUCAAGCUCAACCAAGCCCAUGCCAACCUGAAAAUGGCCUAUCUCCAAGAGGAAAUUUUCUGGAAAUAA